GGGAUCCCGGAGUCCCCCGGACCGGGACGCUCAGGGGCUGGGCCUCAGGGCGCCAGAGCGAGCUUCCCGCUCCCGCCGCGCCUCAACCAAUGCGAACGGCGGAGACUCUGACGGACAGCGGCUAGGGCCAAUGAGAGAGCGAGGAGCGCCGUGUCACGCCCCCACAGAGGAUGACGCUCUCUGAUUGGCGCAGGCAGGGCCCGGGGCGUUACGGCGCGGUGCCGGAAGUGCGGCAGGGCCGGCGCCAGCCGCGGGGCUCGGGCUUUGAGGCCGCGGCCUGUAACGGGGGAACGAGGUCCGGGGGAGCGCUCUGUAACGGUGCCACCAUGGACUCCCUGUUGUUCCUCUGCGCUCGCCACUUGGUGCGCCAUGAAAGUGAUUUCCGCCGUGCUCUCGCCAUCCUCCCCAGUGAGCUCUACCCUGUCCUCUUCAGUGCUGCCUUCUUGGACAGACGGACCUUGGUGGUGCGGGAUUUGGUGGCUGUUUGGCCCUUCCCAGUCCUCAGCUUCCAACGUUUAUUGCCUCACCUUGACCGUCAUCAUCUCCACCGCCCCAAGGGGUUACCAAGGAAUCUCUGUGUCGAAGCUACCAUCAUGGCCAUUGUGGCACAUCUCCGCCAGACACUGGAGGACCCCGAUCGUGGCAUGAGUGAGAGGCGGUGCUGCCUGCGAGUGCUGGACAUGAUAGACUUGCCGCAUGAUGUCCCAGCAGGGAUGAGCCUGUGGUCCACCACUGUGUCUUUAGCCAAAGCUUGUCUCGAGGUCUCCAAACACCAAAAUGAGCACUUGAAACGUGGCUCCAAACGUCAGAAGGGUCCCUCAGGAGCUCUGGAGCCUCCACAAUCCUUCAGCGUGGAGAUCCGCGCCGAUCUCUUUGUCAACAGCACGUCCUUCGUUGUCCUACGAGAUGCUCUCCAGGCCAACACCACCAGCUUGCUGCGCCUCAAGUGCCGGGACUUCCACGCUGAGGAGCUGUCUGUGGGCAGCACUGUGACCCUGCUGGACAGCCUGGAUGUCUGCAGCCUUCGGCGUGUCGAUCUGCGCUUCAACAAUCUGGGACUGUCUGGCCUCUGCGUGGUCCUGCCACAUCUCACCAAGUUCCCCAACCUCCUGAGCCUUCGCUUGCCCUACAGCAACGUUGACGUGCGGAGGUUCGUGUCGGGGACAGAUGCCAGCCUCCGUCAGCUCGCCGGGCAGCUGGGGAGUUUGUUGGGGCUCAAGGAGCUCAACUUUGGGUCUUCCAGGCUUUCGGGGAAUCUCCGGAACCUUCUCAGUGACCUUCAGACUCCGCUGGAAAGCCUGGAGCUGGCUUUUUGUUCCCUUCUUCCGGAUGACUUCAACUACCUUCGGCAAAGCCUCCACGCUUCGGCACUGCGGAAGCUGGACCUGAGUGGCCACGAUUUCAAUGAGGGUCGUCUUCAGCCACUGCGGCAGCUCCUGGAGAAGAUCUCACCCUCACUUCUCCACUUGGACCUCAUGGAAUGCCGGUUGACAGACUCCCAGCUGCAUUACCUGCUGCCGGUGCUUUGCCGCUGUUCCCAGCUGCGGUGCUUGGGGCUUUUUGGCAACCUCUUUUCCACACCGGCGCUCAAAGUUCUGCUGGAGAAGACUGUGGUGCUCCCUCACCUUCGCCUGGUCAUCUACCCCUACCCCCUGGACUGUUACAUCACUGACCACCUGCGGCCACCCUCGGGCUCUGGGUGGUUCUUUGAGGAUGCAGUGGACAGGGCACGUUUCAACGCAGCCAAGGCUGAGCUCUGCCAGCUCUUACUGGAGCUUGGUAGAUCCGACGCUGUCUGGACCACCAACCUGCCUUGGCACGGGGCCCCUGACUAUUUUGACUUGUAACUCGGUUGCUGCAGCAUCCCCAUGUGUCCCAGCCAUUCUUCCCUUCCGCAUCUUUGGUGUCUCCUUCCUCAUCCUGGUGCUUUUUGUCACCAUCUCACUGUUGCCGGCACUGGUCCCACCAGCAGUGCCUCGCUGUGGGUUGCAGCCACUGAGUGACAAGUGGUGACCUUGGUUCAGCAGCACUAAUUAAUAAAGUUCCCAGUUCUCAGGA